AGUGGCUGCUUCAAGGCAUCAGUCACCAGCGAAAGUGCCGCGGAAGGGGCUCCCCUACAGGGCCGGGGGCGAAUAUAUACGGGCCGCACACAGCACACCCCAGCCCUGCCUCUGCCACAGCACCAGCCUGCCCAGCCCUGUGAGCAGCAGAGAGCACCGACCCGCCAAGAUGCUGAUGCUGGUAGCCCUAGUCCAGGUGCUGUGUGUGGUCCCUGCUGCAGCCCUGACCGGCUUCCCCAGCAAAUUUCUAGUCGGGGAGGUGAAUGGGCAGGUGGUGGUGACGUGCGACACCCCCCAGGAGCACGUGUCCUGGCAGCAGAACGGGGAGCCCGAGAUCAUGGCUGAGCACUACGUCGCGGGCCGCACCCUCACGCUCGAGGGCCUGGACCAGCCGGCCGCCGGCAACUACAGCUGCUGGCAGGGCCCUCGCCUGCUGGACUCCACCUACGUGGUGGUCAGUGACCCGGAGUACCCCCUGCUGCAGGGCUCCCCAGGCCGCGCCGUGACCUGCCAGGCGGAGUCCUACCGCGGCGAGCUGAGCUGCUCCUGGACCGCGCUGCGCCCCGCCGCCUUCCGCGCCCGCCUCUCCCGCAGCCCCGGCGGCGCCCCCGGGGCCUGGGUCUACGUGGGCGGAGGCGCCGCCCUGCAGGGCCCGGACCGGCCCCAGCCCUUCACGGUGACCCUGGCGGACGGGACCUUCUGCCCCUUCGCGGAGGAGCCGAGGCCGCUGGAGCUGGCGCUGGAGGGAAUCUCGGCUGAGAGCUUCGUGAACAUCACCCGCCGCCUCUUCCUCCGGGACAUCGUGAGGCCCGGCCCCCCGCAAGAUGUGACUGCACAGAGCAAGGGCGGGCGCCUGCACCUCUCCUGGGCCCCCCCUGCCUCCUGGUCCAGCCCAUACUCCUACUUCCUCCUGCGCUACCAGCUGGAGUACAAGCAGAGGGACGGCACCACGGGCUCCCUCCAGCUGGAGGGGGUGACGGAGACGAGCGUCGAGGGGGAUGUGCGGUGGGUGCAGAUCCGCUGCCAGGACCCCUUGGUCAACUCCACCUGGAGCCCCUGGACCACCUGGCAGAAGGUGUGACGGGGCUUGUCAGAGCUGGGCCUGCAGCCCCCUUACCCUCAGCCCAUCCUCCCAUCUGCUGUAUUUAACCCAGCCCCUGCUGCCCCCAUCUAACCCUAACACUGGCCGGACAACUCCGUCCAGGGGUCUAGGAUUCGGGGCUGCCCACCCCAGAGCUCUGUCCCAUCUUGAUCCCCCAGCCAUCACCCCCCCCCCCCAUGC